AUGACCAUGGAGAGCGCCUUGUCCGGGCUGGAGGCCCUCUUCCACAAGGCGCAAUCCGACAUCAACUAUGCGUCUCACCGCCUGGACUACGAGUUCAACGAGGUGGUGGCCCCCCACGGCCUUCCCAAGCUAAACCCACUCCGCCUCAUGCAACGGUACGAGGCCCUGCAAGCGCGUAUGGAAGCCAUCGAGCGACGCCACGAGGAAACGUCAACCCAGAAAACUGAUUUGACACAACGAUUGGCCCGACUGGCACUGGACAAUCGCAGCAUGCUGGCUGAUCUGGAGCGCCGAGCAGCCGUACAACCCAACCCCAACCCACAGGAUGAUCAGCACCUGGUGGACCUCUGCCGUUUUGCCGGCUGUGAGGUCGCGCCCAACGCCACGGCUGCCGCUGUUCUGGAAGAGGCCCGUCCCACCACAGCCCCCGUCCCAGGCACAGUACCGGCUCAAAAUUCCCACAAUGCAACCUCUGACACGCGAAGCGACGGCUCGGGCAAGGAGAACACGACCACGCACAAGACCAAGCCCCCAGCCAAGACCCCGGCCGGGCCACACUAUGAGCCCGUAUCAGAGCCCGAGUUUGAGAAUGUGUCCACACUGGUGCGCGGACGCUGCAAGCUGGCGGACAUCAAUCGGGUCUACGAGACGCUGGUCGAGUAUUACGCCAAACAGAUGGCUGCCACCAAGAAGCGUAAGAAUCACAAGAUUGAGCCCUUGACAACCUCUCAGCUAGUUGGCAUGGGCCUCAAGAUUACGGGCCAGACUGGCGAAGCCAAGCUCAAGCCAAGCGCGUCAAGCGACAAUGCUACGUGGUGCUCGAGGAUCCGGCUCUCCAUCCUGGAGUCAAGCAAGUCAAGCAUCGACUCUUUGAUCCCCCGGUAUGCAGCGCCACCCUCCGACCGCCCGAUCAUGAUCGCCUCUGUCCCCGUACCCUCCUUCGUCCGACAGCUCAUCGCUUGA